CAACAGUACGCUAACGACGAGUUGUUUCCCUUAACGCUGCCGUAUUCCGCCUGUCAAACAAACACCGUGUGGCCGAGAACAGCUGCUCCGCGCACGCGCGCGCACACACGACGCCCUCCUACUGUGCGCGUGCAGGGUUUGUAAACGUGUCCCGUAACGCUGCUAAGCUAACCUAGCCACGAUGCCUGUGUAUCUUUGUAUAGCUUUAGAGCCACCAUAUGAGCUAUAUUAAAGUACCUGUUACCAAUUUAACGAGAAUGGUUCUCGGAGUCGGUCACCUUUUUGUUAAAAAAACGUGUCCUUCAGCUGCACAGUUAACUUCUAGUGAUGUGGCCUCAUUAUUGAUUGGGUUUUAUGGACUUUGAGUGUUUCCAGGAGAUUCAGGGCUGGGGACAAAGUAUUGAUAAUAGUAUUCUCAAGAUCAUAUAUCUAGCUCGCUAUUACUCAAUGGACAUGGUGUGUUAUGAUCGUGAUGAUCCAUCAUGUGUGGGACAAUUGUUUUUGAUUUCUCUCAUUGUCCAUGUAUCCUGGGCAUGUUCUGUUUUUGUUUUUUUGUGUACCACAGAUAUCGAUUGCAGUCACACCUUUGGGCCAAGCAAUGUGUAUCACACAGUCCAACUCAGGUCACCGUGCUCCCCCUGCCCGCAGCGGGCACCGCUGCGUCGCGGACAACACCAACCUCUACGUGUUCGGAGGGUACAACCCGGACUACGAUGAGUCAGGAGGCUCGGAGAACGAAGACUAUCCGCUGUUCAGGGAGCUGUGGAGGUACCACUUUGCCACCGGCUGCUGGCAGCAGAUCCGAACAGAGGGCUACAUGCCCACGGAGCUGGCGUCUAUGUCGGCGGUUUUGCACGGCAACAACCUCCUCGUGUUCGGCGGCACCGGCAUUCCCUUCGGUGAGAAUAAUGGCAACGACGUACACGUCUGUAACGUAAGGUACAAGCGGUGGUCGCUGCUCAACUGUCGGGGGAAGAAGCCCAACAGAAUCUACGGACAGGCAAUGGUUAUCAUAAAUAGCUUCCUGUACGUGUUUGGAGGGACGACGGGUUACAUCUACAGCACAGACCUGCACAGGCUGGACCUGACCACCAGGGAGUGGAUUCACCUCAAGCCCAACAAUCCGCCCGAUGACCUGCCUGAGGAACGGUACAGGCAUGAAAUAGCACAUGACGGACAGAGGAUCUACAUUCUGGGAGGAGGAACGUCCUGGACAUCCUACCCUCUGGACAAGAUCCAUGCUUAUAAUCUGGAGACUAAUUCCUGGGAGGAGAUUCCAACUAAACCUCAUGACAAAAUAGGGUACCCUGCUCCUCGGAGAUGCCAUAGCUGUGUACAGAUCCGAAAUGAUGUAUUUAUCUGUGGAGGCUACAACGGGGAAAUAAUUUUGGCGGAUCUGUGGAAGAUCAGCCUGCAGACUUUCCAGUGGAGUAAACUGCCAGCAGUGGUGCCGGAGCCGGCCUACUUCCACUGUGCUGCCGUCACCCCAGCUGGCUGUAUGUAUAUCCAUGGGGGCGUGGUGAACAUCCACGAGAACAAGAGAACUGGCUCUCUGUUUAAGAUCUGGCUGGCCGGGCCCAGCCUGCUGGAGCUGUGCUGGGAGAAGCUCCUCAAGGCCUUUCCUCACCUGACUUCACUCUCCACAGUGCAGCUGCUCAACCUGGGCCUCACAAAGGAACUCAUCGAACGCUUGAAAUAGGCCGCACGGUGGAGGACGGACACAUGACUGGAUGGGACAGAGUGGACUGGGAGGAGUUGAGGUCUGGCGGAGCACAGCUUUCAAUUCAUAGCAACAUUCUGUGGACAACGCCCUCUCCCCUCCCUCCCGUAGCCCCGCCUUAAAACCAAAAACAAUGGGAUGCCUUUUGUGUUGCUUUUUCUUCUUUUUGUUGCUUUUUCAGUGAAGAUCAAUUAAUUCAAUGUGGAAUGUUUUAUGGAUUUUACCCAACUCCCUCUCUUACAUGAUGCCUUUGUGUCAUGCUAAACAUGAUUUCCCACUUCUAAUCCUCCAAACUGUGAAAGCUGGAAAUACUUUAUUUUGCCGCGUCAUUUUUUUUCAAGGACAGUCUCUCCCGUGUAAAAACAAAACAAAAAAAACAAAUCUGCCUUCUCUUCUACUUUUUAAGAAAUCUGGGCAAAGGAAGAAUGCAUGUGUAUUUAUUUGAAUGACUACAUUUUUUCCCCUCAGUUUUUGUCAUCUGAUAUUGCUGUUUGCACACUUCGUCUGUUUUUGUGUACAUUUACAUUUUUCUUUUUAAUAGAUCAUACCAGUGUGUUUGCACAUUAUAGAGUAUUUAAUUCAACAUUUUUGUUUCUGCUAACCUUUUAGAUUUUUUUCUAUUGAUUUUGCAAUGUUCCGGGCAGCCUUUUUAUUUCACCUGUCCUCCUUCUGGUAUGAAAAUCAACUUUCAGAGUCUUGAGUUGCUUUACAUCGUUGCAUAGUCAAUCACACUGAUUGUUGAAGUUAUGUUGUAUUGCAUACAUUUGGCAUAAAUUAAAGCAGACAUGAUAUUCACUUUGAGGGAUUACUAAUCUUAAAUGUCUUUAAGUAGUUUUCAUACUAUAUUAAUGGAAACCAGUGUCUGCCUUGAGGGAAGAAAAAACAUUUUUUAAGUUUCAGUUAUUGUACGGAUGCCUUGAAAAUGGUCACGAGUUGUAUGUUUGUGGUAAAUUAGCAACAAAAAAAUGCAGAAACACUUUUCUUAAUUAGUGACUGGAGGAAUGUUUCAAUGCUGGAUUUGCCUACAUCUGAGCACUUGUAUUUUCUGUAUUCAUCUCACAACCUAGUCCACAAAACAGUCUGCAGAAAUCUUUAAUUGCCAUGCCGUUUGCUUUCAGCUCUCAUUUAUACACCAAACCAUGCAACACAUCACUGUGAAUUUGGUGCUCUUUAAAAUUAAUUCUAAAUGCUUUUAUUCAAAUAAAGACUUCCUUUCUGUUAAGACAUUUACUCUCUCUGUUGAUGACACGAAACGUUUUGCACAGGGAGUUACUUCAGUAGCGGGCUUAUACCAAUGUAUUGUUUGGACUGCAGUGCCUUUUUCAAACAUUUACUGAGGCUGACAUUUCAUUAACAGGCAGUAUAAGAGCUUUACAUAUUAAGACUAAGGAUUUUUGUACAUUUGAGCUAUUUUGACCAAGCCGCUACAUCACUAAACAUCUUGGUGUCAGCAAUAUACUUUUUAUUUUUUAUAUGCUGCUUCAAGGUUGCAGAGACUUUGUAUUCUGUUAAUGGCCAGAUAUUUAUUAAGGAUGCAGCAUGUUGGGCCUUUUGGGUAUAAAUAUGAUCCUAAAAGCACUUGUUCAACAUACUGCUCUUAUGUAUAAAACAAUUAUCUAACAGAUGCCACAAAAUAUAAACUUGGACAAUGAUUCUUGUGAUGAGGUUAGGUGAGACCGAGGAAGGGACGCCGCCUCACGGUUUGGUCUGCCUGCACUUUACAUUGCCUCUAUGUUCGACAAACUACUUUGUGCAUGAUGUAACUUCCUGCAUUUAAAAUUAACAUCAAACCUUUACUAUGGAACAGUUUUAAAGAUGAUCCCUAACAUGUUGUACAGUAGGCUUGUGUGAAUGUUGUGUUGGAGUACAUGUCAAUAAAAGUGUUCUGUAAAUAUU